AUGUACUCACCUUCACCUCCAGCGGUUGCUGCGGCCUCAAAUCCAUAUGUAUACAUUAAUCAUCAACAGCCAAUGUCAUCAGCAGGCCAAUAUGGAGCUCGCACACAGCCAUCUGGCAUGGGUGCGAUGGGUCUAGGGCCAGCAACGUCUGGAAGCGGUGGACCUUUGCCAUCAUCGUCUUCAGGAGCUGGUGCAUACGGACAUAGUCCUGCUAUCGCCACGCUUGGAUCCACGCGGUUCGGAAGUAGUGCGAAUUUGGGUUGGGUGUCCCGCCAGCAACAGCAAUCACAUUUCGUAUCACACUUUGGAACGCCGCCGCUGUCCUCUAUUCCUCCUUCCAUGAGCCAGACAUAUGGUUCAAGCAUGACUCCCUCUUCACCCUCUUUUACGAGUCUAGGGUCCCCACAUACCAUGUCAAUGAUGAAACAGACCGUUUCGCCUGUUGUACCUGCCCCACCAACCGUAUCAAGUUCAUCCACUACGAGUUCAGCGAAUGCUUCUCCAGAGUGGCAGCAACAACUCGUUUGCGCAGAAAUCUCACGUCAAUCUUUCUCACCCCAUCACCACGCUCGUGCUGCCGCUUUAGCUGCACGUAGCUCUGUCAGUAACGGGCAGGAUCCUAAAAAGGGGAUCACUCUACCUGCUGGAAUCGUCGCGAAUGGAUUAUCGCUUCCUUUGAAUAAGAGCUCAGAUGAAACUAGUCGCAUACGUGAUGAAUCGUGCGGCAUGUCCCCCACAAAAUCAUCUUUUAGGACGAAAGAGACGGAAGGGAAAGAGCCGGGAAAAAGUUGGUCCAUCAUAGAUAUGGGUGGACUAAAGCUGAAGAAUAUUGGCAUCGAAGUCUUCCGCUAUACCUUCUUAACUUCUUUGUUUAUUAACCACAACAACCUCACCACCAUAUCUCCAGCUAUUGUGCAUCUGAGAAACUUGACAGUGCUGGAUGCAAGUAGUAAUAAACUACUCGCACUGCCCGCUGAAAUUGGCAUGUUAACCGCGCUUCGAGCUUUAUUCCUGUUCGAUAAUCAGUUGACUAUACUACCGCCUGAAAUGGGCACUUUGUACCAGCUCGAAAUGCUGGGCAUUGAGGGUAAUCCGCUGCAGUCCAACCUGUUCGAUAUAAUCAAGCAAGAUGGUACACAAGCACUUAUCGCGUACCUGCGCGAUUCAUGCCCAGUCCCGGUGCCUCCGCCCGAGCGGGAAUGGGUCUCGCUGGACGUUGAAGCGCCUAGUUCGGGCGAGGAUGACUCAAAUACAUUCGCGGUUCUGUCUUACAACGUGCUAUGCGAAAAGUAUGCGACAGCUCAAAUGUACGGCUAUACACCAAGCUGGGCUCUUGCUUGGAACUACCGCAAGGAAUUUAUUCUGCAAGAAAUUGUCAGUUACAAUGCAGAAGUGUAUUGUCUGCAAGAAGUGGAAAUGGGUCAGUUUAAUGACUAUUUUGAGCCAAAGCUCAAGCAGCAUGGGUAUGAGGGCAUAUUUUGGCCGAAAUCUCGUGCGCGUACAAUGCGGGAUGACGAACGCCAACAUGUUGAUGGAUGCGCCACGUUUUAUAAGUCGGAUUCUUUCGAAUUGGUUGACAAACAGCUUAUUGAAUUCAAUCAGAUUGCACUACAGCGCCCCGACUUCAAGAGGACAGAAGACAUCUUCAAUCGCGUGAUGACGAAGGACAACGUUGCAUUAAUUGCUAUGUUAGAAAAUCGCACCUCUGGGUACAAAUUAAUUGUUGCCAACGCUCACAUGCAUUGGGACCCGGAAUUCCGUGAUGUCAAAUUGGUCCAAGCAGCCAUGCUCUUGGAGCAACUGGAGGUGACCGGCAAUCGAUUUGCAAAAAUGUUGCCUCAAGUUAAGCUGACACAAGGACGUCAGCCUCCUAAGUACUCGUCAGGGAUGCAGAUCCCUACACUGGUAUGUGGCGACUUUAAUUCAACGCCUGAUAGUGGCGUGUAUGAAUUUAUGAGCAAAGGUUCAGCACCAGGCAACCACGAAGACUUUAUGAACCACAUCUAUGGCACAUAUACCUCUGAGGGUCUUAAACACAAUUAUGCCAUGCGCAGUGCGUAUGGCAAUGUAGGCGAGUUGCCAUUCACGAAUCUUACCCCAGGAUUCCAAGGCGUCAUUGAUUACAUUUGGUACACGUCCAAUACUUUGGCUGCUUCUUGUUUGUUGGGUGAGGUUGAUCGAACCUAUUUGUCUCGUGUCGUUGGCUUCCCAAAUGCGCACUUUCCAUCAGACCAUGUAUGUAUCUUAGCGGAAUUCAAGGUCAAGCCGCUUGAGAACGAGACAACUCAUGUCGAGUAA